AUGAAAACGUGUCAGUUUGACACUGUGAUCCUCUACGGCUCUGUACGUCAUGGCAGCCCAACAGUGACUCAGGGACAACACGCAGACUUGACCUGUGAGCUCAUAGAGACAGACGAGGAGCUCAUCCAGAUCUCAUGGCAGAAGAGUACCAGGGGUUACCGUGCCAACCACACCUUCUUCAUCAUCACCCCUACCUAUGGUCCAUCACAUGUCAAAGGGCGGGGGGACAGGGUGGGCUUCAUUGGGAACACCACAGCACUGGUGGGCUCUAUCCGACUGGGAGAUGUGUCCCUGACUGAUGAGGGCGUCUACACCUGCAUCUUCACUGUGUUCCCCAGUGGGCCAAACAUGACAGAGAUCCACCUCAAUGUCCAAAUUCCUCCUGUGAUUUCGGUUGCUGUGGAGACUCCACCCGUGGUUGCUGAGGGGCAGGAGAGCAUCUUGGCCACAUGCACAGCGGCUAAUGCCAAGCCCCCUGCAGAGGAACAGUGGAGCAUGGCCAGUGCAAGACAACCACUGAGUCUGACAACCUCAACCAUCACUGCACCUAACCCAGACGACACCACCACGGUGAGGGUCCAUCUGAAGGGAGAGCCCUCCAGAGUCAUGCACCAACAGGAGGUUCAGUGCCUGGUAAACUACACCACUCUGAGCCAGCAGAGGGUCAUUCCCUACAAGCUAGAUGUACACUGUGAGUAUUCUCAAUGA